AGGAACACACACCGCCCACCGCGGAGCUCGGCGCGGCCGGCUCGCUCGCCGAUGACGUCACAGCCGGUUACGCGAGGCAGGCGCGGCCUUCCGGAGCCGGUUCCAGCGACCGGUGACUGGGACCCGACCGGCCGGCCAGCCGAGGCCGACGCCGCAGUCGGCCGGCAGCGGGCGCGCAGGCUACACGCGCCUCCCGCCCCGCACGUGAGUCAUGACGAGUGAGAUGUGUGUGAUGCUGGCGGUGCUGGCGGUGGUCCUUCAGAGGGCCGCCGCGUUCAAUGUGGACACCCGGCACCCGGUGCUGUUCCGCGGACCGCCCGGCGCGGCGGACGCUCAUUUUGGCCUGGCCGUGGCGCUGACCACGGGCGCCGCUGAGCCCUGGGUGCUGGUCGGCGCGCCGCGUGCUAACUCAUCUCUGGGCCUGCACCCCGAGAUCCGUGAGCCUGGCGCGCUGUACCGGUGUCCGGCACUGGGAGUCGGACUCUGCGAGGAGGUGCUGGUCGACACGGAAGGUAAUGAGCCAGCGCCGGACUUCUCCUACACGAACCUGCGGGACGGCGGCUGGCUGGGCGGCACCAUCGACGCCGAGCCGGGCCCCGAUGGAAGGACGGUGGUGUGCGCGCCGCGCUGGCGAAACCAGCGCUACGGCGGCCACUACCUUGGCAACGGCGCCUGCUACGUGGGAGGGCCGAGCGCUGCCGACGCUGGCUUCGAGAAGCUGGUGCCGCUCUCUUCGCGCGACAAACAGUACACAACACAGCUGGGCGUCAACGCCUACCUCUUCUCGUACGGCGAGGCCGGCAUCUCGGCGCACCUGGGCUCGGACGGCCGGCUGGUGCUCGGCGCGCCCGGUGUGUUCGACUGGACGGGGACGAUCGGAACGUACAGCUCACCGGACCAGGGAGAGAAGACGCUCCGGGUGCCCAACCCGGCCGCCUUCCCGGACUUCAUGAGCCGCUACGACUACUUUGGCUACGCGGUUGGCUCCGGGAGGUUCCUCGCCGGAGAGCCGGGGACCCAGCUGCUGGUGGGUGCGCCCCGCGCCGCCGGCGCCCGCGGGAAGGUGUUCCUCCUCACCCUCGGAGCCGACGACAACCAGGUGUUCAAUGUUAUCGCCGAGCGUGUCGGAGAUGAUGUGGGAGACUACUACGGCGGUGCUGUCUUGGCCGCUGACGUCAACGGAGACGGACUGGAUGACGCGCUGGUGGGGGCGCCCCUCACGGCCGGCGACAGCUUCGACGAGGGUCGUGUGUACGUGCUGCUGAGCUCCGGCGACGGCCAGCUUCGCGAGGAGGCUCGGCUGGUCGGUCAGUCGGAGGGAGGGAGGUUCGGCACCACCGUCGCCUCGCUCGGAGACCUGGAUGGUGACGGCUACCAGGACGUGGCCGUGGCUGCGCCGUAUGAGGACGAAGGACGCGGUGCCGUCUACAUUUUCCGCGGAGGGAUCGGCUUCGUUACUGAACCGGCACAAAGGAUCGCUGCCGUCGACAUCAGUGAUGCUCUACAGGGUUUCGGCAUCAGCAUCUCGCGCGGUGUUGAUCUUGACGGUAACGCGAUGCCGGACUUCGCGGUGGGCGCGUACGGUAGCGGUGACGUGGUGCUGCUGCGCUCCAGCCCGGUGAUCCAGUUCGUUAGUUCGCUGACCUCCGACCCGCCGCGUCUCGACAUGUCGGUCAGCGAGUUCGAGGUGCGCGCCUGUCUGGCAUUCAGUGGCGCCGCGCUGCAGACCGUCCGCGUCCGAGUGUCGCUGAAGAUGGAGUCGUUUCACGCGCAAGGCGUCUUCCGGCUGCCGACAGGCCAGUACGCCAGGGAGGCCAACUUCACAGUGACUAUGCGACGAGACCAGCCCACGUGUGAGAACGUGGCUGUUGAGAUCCUCGCCAACAGCUCGCUGAUCGACUACACCAAGCCGAUGCAGCUCAGCAUGCGGUACGAGGUGGCUAAUGAGGACGGCGAUCGCGUCCAGCCGGUGAUUGUAGAUACAGACACCGAGAAACUCGCCGCAGAUUACGAGGUGGUGGAAGCAGGUGGGCUCAAGAAACGGCGGAGGAGGCAGGCCUUCGGCGGAGCACGUCCGGGCGAUACCUUCUGCGCCAGCUGCCCGGUGGCCAACGUGAACCUGCCGAACCAGCGCGGCACCUCGCUGACGGUGCCGUUCUCGGUCGGCUGUGGUCUGGACGCCAUCUGCCAGACCGACCUGCGCCUGCAGCACCGGUUCCCCGGCCUCAGCGGCGACCGGUACGUCAUCGGCAGCACCCGGACGCUGGAGCUGGAGCUGAUGAUGACGAACGGCGCCGAGCCGGCCUCGCUGCCGCAGCUGACGGUCUCCAUCCCCGCCGCGGUUGGUCUGCGCCGGCUGCCGCCCGCCUGUCGCGAGGGCGGCGCCGGGCGCUCCUCCGCCGGCGAGACCAUCAUCUGUAACGUCCGGCCACACCCGUUCUACAACACUUCUGAGCAUACCCUGGCGCUGCUACUGGACACGUACGGCGUCACCGGCGAUCUGCGCGAGCUCACCUUCAACGUGUCGGCCGGAUCGGCCGGCGUCGAGCUGACUCCCGCAGACAAUAUCGCCAACAUCACUUUGACGCUUGUCAACGAGGCGGAUGUGGAAGUUCGCGGCAGUUCACGAGACGCCACCAUCCUCUUUGACAACUCUGACGAGGCCAAGAAGGAGUACGAGCACGUGCAGCACACGUACCUCGUGUCCAAGUACCUGCCGACGCCGGUGAGCUCGGUGAACAUCUCCUUCCUGGCGCCGGUAGCGGUGCUCGCUGACGACGGGAAGUAUGUGGACAUUGCGCGAGUGUACCCGCCCGAGGCGUUCCUCAACGGCCAGCCGCUGUCCUGCGUCGUUGAGGACGGCAAGUACCUUCUGGCGGGCAGCGAGCAGAGUCACAAUGCGAACGGAGCGCAUGAUGGACUACGGAGACUCGACUUCGAUGACCUACAGGCCGAAGAGUCGAGGCUGUCGCAGUCUGUGUCGCCAUCCGCCGGUCAGUCUUCUACAGCGGCAGUGCAUAACGUAAGACAGCGCUGGAGGCGGAGUGCUCAGCCCAGACCGGAGGUUCCAGUAGCCGAGUCCUCGGCACCGAAGGCUGAGCUCCUGUCGGACGAUACUGACGCGCUGGUGAUCGACUGUUCCCCGGGCAGUCGCGCCCGCUGUGUUCCCAUCACCUGCCGCGCCGUCUCGCUGCUCGAGACCAGCGACCGAGUGACCGUGUCGCUCGAGCUCCGUGUCGAGGUGGCGGCGCUCACCAAGAUGGGCGUCCGACGCGCUCUCAUCUCCACCGUGGGCGCCGCGCGCAUCGCCGACGCGUCUGUGUCGGCGGAGGUGAACACGCGUCCGGACACGGCGCGCGCCACCACGGAGCUACUGGGCGCGGCGCUGGUGCCGGAGGAGGUGCCCAUCUGGAUCGUGGUGGUAGCCGUGCUGGGCGCCCUCCUGCUGCUGGCGCUCAUCACGCAGGGCCUGGCCAUGGCCGGCUUCUUCCGGCGCAGCAGCAAGGAGGCGAUGGAGGAGCAGCAGCAGGCGCAGCAGGCGCAGUGGCAGCAGCCGGCGCCGCUGCCGCAGCCUCUUGCCUCCGAACAGGAGGAACAGGAGGCCGCCGAGGACUUUGGGGAGGAGGAGUCGGUCAAAGAUGACUUCGGGGACAACAUGUUCAUCGUGCCCGGCCCACCGGUCGGGAAGGGAGCGUAGUGUCGGUGCACGAACAGAGAUCGUUAAUUGGCUGUGAUAUUUGGGGCGAGGUUGUCGGUGUCUGCAGCAAAUCGACAACACUCUCCCAUCUUAUGCUUGAAGUCAGAGAGAUUGAAACGUGCAUCGAGUCGAGGCCAAAACUUCAAUAAGUUAUUUGAUGGAACGUUUUUGUUGCUAUUGAUAUGUGAUGAGAAACAUGUCGCGGGAGUUCCUGAUCAUGUCGCUUUAUCUGAGACAUUCGGGAUGCUGUGGAAGCGCCUUAACUUUUUCAUGCAGCGCUGCUAUUCCGUUUGCUGCAAAUGUUUAGUACCGAAACGGGAUGAUGAGUAUUACACCUCUGUCUGUAUGACCAGAUCCCAAUCCACGUACUUAUGCGUAUUCGAUUUAAGCAAGUGUAUUUUAUUGAAGAGACCUCAUGUGAUAUUGCUCAAGUGUAUUUUAUGCGUGCCCAUGUAUAAUGCAUCACUAAUUAAUUAUUGUCCUAGUCCAUUGUGUGGCUGAAAUACAUCCGACGCUUCCCA